CACCUCUUACAUCUCCCACCACUUACAUCACUACCACCGCAGCAACAACAAAAAUCAGUAGCGAUAAUGUCUUCUCUACCUCUCGAGCUGAAUCAGGUCAAGCCCUUUGGAAACCCUAUUUCAUUCUUGACAGACAAGGAUGUUUCUGCGGCCGCAACAAACUUGAUCUCAGCAAAUUCGAAGCUUCCUCCUGUUGUCUGUCAUGGUCGUGUGCAAAAUCCUGAAGCAUACGUUCCAAAAGCAUGGUGGAAAAGUGUCUUUGGCGACAACCUCUACCUUCAGACAGAUGGUGAUGUUGUAGAGGAUCCAGCUAUCACUCUGGAAGAGAUCCGACUCUUGGAAAGCUACGACGUCAUCCGAUCCAUUUUUCAGUCAAAACCUGCCCCUUUUUCUGCUUCCUCUUCUCCAUUAUUAUUUUUCCCAGACAGGGCUCGAAUCCUCGAUCUUUGUUGUGGACAAGGCCGUCAUCUUUUACAGCUUGCCCAACUUUACCCAUAUUUAGAGCUUCAUGGUCACGAUCAAUCUCAGUAUCUAAUUGAGUUGGCUCAGUCUAGAGCUGCUGCCGCUAAUGUCCAUAAACAAGUUCGAUUUACGAUUGGAGACUGUUGUUCAGUCCCUCAUCCAGACAAUUCAUUCGACUUAGUAAUCGUAAUGGGCAAUUCGUUUGGGUAUUUUGCAACCGAUCGUGCCAAUAAAGGUCUCCUGGAAGAGAUUUGCCGGGUCUUGAAACCUGGAGGAUAUGCAGUCUUGGAUAUUCCAGAUGGAGGGUAUCUCAGAGAAAAUUUUUCCGCUCGUGGAUGGGAAUGGAUCAGUGAUACAAUGAUCGCCUGCCGUGAACGCGAGUUGAGUAAGGAUAAAAAGAGAUUGAUUAGUCGUGAGGUCAUCAUCUCGACAACCCAAGGUGUUAUUCGGGAUCAGUUUUAUGCAGAAUGUCUUUACAGUCUUGAAGAGCUUAAACAACUCAUUAAUGAAGCUGGAUUGGUUCCACUGAGCCAGGGGAGCCGGGAGAGCCAAGAGGGACAAGCUGUCGCUACCAACGAUACUAACCUUAACUUAACAGGUAAGGAUAUGAGCAAGCGUGGUGAGGAUCUUGGAAUGAUGGAGCAGCGUCACUUAGUCCUGGUUAUGAAACCCUUGGCUCCUUAAAGGAUAAAGUCUAGCGUAACAAGAACAUUGAAUAAAUGCAAC